AUGCACCCCAAUUCACCAGUUGUCCUUUCCCUUUUCUGGUUUGAUAUAUGUAGUGUGGAGGAAAUACUGGAAAGGUACCAUUUGCACUCGAGUAACCUUGACAAGUUGGAGCAACCAUCACUUGAGCUGCAGCUAGUUGAGGACUGCAACCGUGCCAGAUUAAGAAAAGAAGUUGUAGAAAAAAGCCAUCAGCUUAGGCGCAUGAGAGGCGAGGAGCUUCAAGGAUUAACUAUAGAAGAGCUGGAAAAUCUGGAGACAGCACUCGAAGCUGGAUUAAGCCGCGUGAUGGAGAAAAAAGGCGAGAAAAUCAUGACAGAGAUCCAUCGACUCCAAGAAAAGGGAAAGCAACUCAUGAUAGAGAACGAACGACUCAAACAACAGGUGGCGGAUGACUCGAGUGACCAUGAAUACAAUGUGUCGACAGAUGACUCGGAGGAUGUAAUUUACGAGGAAGGGCAGUCAUCGGAAUCUGUCAACGCCUGCAGUGAGUUUAGCGAUCCUCCACACGAUUACGAUAGCUUCGAAAUGUCUCCUAAAAUGUAG